UCACUCAAAAAAACACAACAUUGCUCGAAAAAUGCUCGAUACGGACUUUCUGAAGUUUAGUUCUUUAAAAGUUUUUGAUUGCGUCAAAGAUAACUUGCCGGAUGAUGCGAGAGAAAUUGCAGAAGUGUAUGAAGACUUGCUGUUUGUCUGGAAUUUUAAAAAUAAUAAUAUCAAAGUUGUGAAUUGGAGAGCGACACAAACAUCCAGUAAUACAAAGAAAGAAAUUAAGCAUCAACUAUUAAUACCAUCUUCAAUUCCAAACUUUUCUGUAUCAAAAAUCGCUGUAUCCUUUGGAGGUUCUUAUGUGUCAAUCAGCGGCAAACAUGGGUUAUCAAUUUUGGAACUUCCUCAUCGUUUCGGAACUGAAGGAAUCUAUCAAGAUGGAAAGCAACAAAUAACAUGUAAAACAAGCAACAUCCACGAGCAUUCAAUGUCUCAAUUGGAAGUAAUUCAAGCAAAAUGGCAUCCAAACUCCCCAACAGAUUCUCAUCUUCUUGUUUUACUGUCUGAUAAUACAUUGAGAGUGUAUGACGAAGGAGUUUUAAAGCAUAUUUGGCGAAUCGGACCUUUACCAAAUCAAACUGAUAACAAUUUAUCUUAUUUAAAGAGUCUUGGAUAUACUGCAAUUGAUUUUGAUAUUGGAACUCCACAAGUAAGCAGCACAGAGUCGCAAAACAAUACAACGCUUGAUCAAAGUUAUCAAGAUUCAUCAGUCUUUUCGAUUCCAAAGCGAAAUGUUGAUCAGAAAAAGGUUGAAUGGGUAAUUAUAAUAUUGAGAGGAAAUGGUACUAUUUAUAUUAUGAAUGCUGGUUUAAAUACUGAAAAACCUCGCUUGCAAGGUCCGAUAACAAUGACUCCUUCACAAAAAGAUAACUAUGGAGAUGAUUCAUGCUCAUUACUAGUGAUACCAACUAAUCCAAUGACAAUUGUUAUAGCUGAAAAUUCAGGCAUUUUACAUCAUGCAUUAUUAAUUGAAAAUCCAAACACAGAAAUGUCAUUAAAUGAAACUAAGACAGUCUUACAAAAUGAUUGGACUUUAUAUGUCAUGGAAAACAUUGAAUUAGAAUUAGGACUUCAAAAUGAUGAUAAAUCGGAUACUACUUCAUGCCCAAUAUAUUUGAAACGUGAUCUAGUCAAUGAACAGAGAUAUUUUUGCUAUCAUGAUACUGGAUUACAUGGCAUAACAAUUGGUUUUGUACAGAAGCUUCAAAAUUAUUUAGAAGAUCAAGACAAUGAACAGGAUUUGAGCUUAAACGUUCCAUCCAGAGCUGAGUAUAUAUUGAGCACUAAAGCAUUUAAUAAUUCGAAAGUAAAUGCAAUUGUUGGAUUCGGAAUUUUACAGCUACCUUCAGGAAUUUUUGCAGUAAUGAGUAGUGGUCAAGUUGUAAGUUUAAAUACUGUAAAAACAAUGUUGCCAUUAGUGACUGAUUUGAACAUUCAAGCACCGAGAUUACAAGAUAUGAAAAUAGUUGAUGAUCAGCUUAACAAAGUACCAUUUGAUCAACAUAUUCGAGCACUUUUAAAAUCUGAUGUGUCACAGCCAAUUUUACAAUUGGAUAAAACUAAGCCUCCAUCAUCUCAGCAAACCUUCCAGUUAUUAAUGAAUACAUUACAAAUAAUGAGAGAAAAGCAGUUUGCAAGGCACGAUAAAGUUCGACAAGAAAUUAGCAAGAGAAUUAAAAUUUUGGAACUAAUGAAGCACCAACAAAAGGAUGAAAUUGGAGAACUUUUGAAAAGUAAAGAACAGAUCCAAGAGAAGGCUUAUAAAUUGGCUGACAUGCAUGAAGAUAUUAUGGAAAAGCAGCAAAACCUACAGAAAAGAAUACAAGAUAUUUCUCGUCUAGCAUCAUUAAAAGUUCCUGCUGUCAAUGAAAAAGAAUUUAUCGAUACAAUCAAGAAUUAUAAAGGAAUAAUUGAUAAAUUAGCAUCGGACGUUAAGCAAAUUAAGGCAAAAGAUGAGGUCCAGAAGAAUGCUCUUGACAAUUAUACCAAAACUAACGAGGAAAGCAUCAAGACUUCAUUACCACCAAAACAGGAAGAAACUAUUAAAGAAUUUCUUAAUGACAUGAUGCGUCAAAUUCAAGGACUUAAAUCGGAUGUCCACAAGAUUCAUUCUGUAGUUGAUUAUUAA